AUGUCGCCUAAAGAACGGUGUCAUUUGAUUUCGGAGGUCAAUAUUAUGCGAACGCUUAGUUCGUCUCCGAUUUCGUCCUCGUUUGUGCAAUUUUAUGGAUGGGCCAUCAAUUACAAGAAAAGAUGCGUAUAUCUUUUCAUGGAGUAUUGUGCUGGCGGAAGUUUGGCCGAUCUUAUUGCAAAAAGAAACCAGUCAAAGGUCCCCUUUUCGGAGACUUUCAUCUGGAUUGUUGCUUCUCAACUAAUCGAGGGGCUAUUUGCUUGCCAUAACGGGCCGAUCCCAUUUAUCCACCGCGAUCUAAAGCCGGAGAACAUUUUUAUCGACAGCAAUAUGAAGAUAGGCGAUUUUGGAAUGGUGAAAAUACUGUCCCACGACGAACACUCGUGCAGCCACACUUUCAUUGGAACCCUUUCCUAUAUGGCGCCCGAAUUGUUUACAAACUCAAGCUACGACUCGCGCUCUGAUAUUUGGUCUUUGGGCUGCAUAUUUGAGCCGGGGCUUUUAAGAUUUAGACGUCCACAUGACUGCAUAACACUGAAGGGAUACUCGCGCAGAUUGGAGACCUUUCUUCAAUCGCUUUUGUCCUUAGAUGUAUUCGCAUUUGAUGUGUUAACCCUUUCUAGCCGACACAAAGGCCAACGUCGGAAUUGCUGUUCACAAGCGAGAUCGUUAAAAUUAAAUGAGCCACACAAUAAAUUUUAUUGGCAAUUAGGCCCACCAAUGGUUGGCUUUGCAAAUAUUAUCAGUUUAAUUUUAAUCUGCUUCCAAGAUCAAGCUAAAGCUAUGAAUGAUGAAAAGCACGACGUUUAUCCGAGCCCCCCGCCCCCAUAUUCGGAGCACGACACUACAUACACUGACGUCAAUAUUUUAAAGGAGAAGCUUGUAGAUACUUUAGAAAUCGAAGAGCACACAUCUGUCUUCAAAAAGCUACUUCCCGUGCUUAUCUCGGUACUUUUGGCUUUAAUUUUGGUGAUUUGCUGUUUUUUCAAGUAUUUUGGUCUUUCUCCUGGUGCAAAACAGAAUGAAAAGGUCUUUUCCUUUGUUAUUCCCUUGGAAAAUGUUACCGCAACCAAUGUUUUACAAAUGAACGACCUUUUGACAGCCGUCCCGUAUUCUUACGUCAGCCACUCAAAUAUCACUCCCAUAUGCAUGUUUGGAGAGGAUGAGGUUUUUAAUGUAAAUAGCGGUAAAGACAUCUCGAAGAUUGAGCGAGAAGUAUUUUGUGGCGUGACACCGUCGAUUAUGUCUAGAAUUUCCGAUUCGAGGCCCAUUGACUCCCUUCACAUGCAAUGCAGGUGUCCAGCGUCAAUGUCAGAAUAUUUAACAUCAAAUUCAAUAUCUUUGGUGCCAAGAAAUGCCAGAUUUAUGCAAAAGCCCAAAGCUCUCAAAGAGCUGACUUUGACCACUUCCAUUUUCUUUAAUUCGGAUUCGCUACUUUACAGUGAGAUAGAGGACUUGGUCGAAAAUUCUGGCCACACUCCGGUAUUUUCGGAGCUGUAUUCACUUAGUAAAAAGAUCCCUUCAAGCAUCAUUGAAAGGGCAAAAAAUUUGUUUUUCAAGUCAAAAGCUUUCCACUGGGACCCAACGCCCACCAGAGUUUCCAAUCUUUCGUUUAAAAAGGAAUUUCUUUCAAAUUCAACGUUUCCCAGUCUCUCCAAAUCAGGAAAUUUUGACACCUCGAUUUUGCGCUUUAGAUACUCAAUGGAGACCGAGUCGUUUUUCUUGUCUUCCUUUGCAUCUACGGCCUACAAUUCAUCACUAGUAAGGCUGUCGCAGCCUUUUUUAAAUGAUCUGGGCGCCCUGUUUAAGGACGAAUCGGCUGCAAACUCGCUAAAAAUGAAAUAUGGAACCCACGUGUUCCAAAGCGGCUCCUUGGGAGGAUAUCUGGACAUUCUGAUUGAAGUCGAUUUAAAGUCAAUUAGGGAUCCGUUGCUUGAAAGGUACUAUGAGAAUCUGAAAUUUUGCCUGGAAUAUCAAUUUUCGCUACUCUUAACCCAGCUCUAUUUGAAGAGUGCCAACGCCAAGAGUCUCCGAUUGCAGGCGAUUUCUCCAGCAUUUUUUACCGAAUUCUCCAAAAAAAUACCGCUAUUUGUUCACGAAAAUCCCAAAUGCUAUCCAAUAUGCCGUCUUUUCCGCUCGUCAGAUUUAUUAUUUCCAUCUAAUUUCAAGUCUAUGGAGAUCCGUUCAUCCCAUAUGGAGCAUUGGUCUUAUAACAAAAUCAAGUCCUGCUACGAUGCACCCACGCUCUCAAGCAGAAAGCUAUUUGAGAUUUUUGAACAUUGGUACAGCUCGUCAAAAGUUUCUCCCAAAAUUAUCAAAGGACAAAUGAUCCCACUUCAUGAUUUGCUGAGUAUCUAUGUGGUUCCCUUUCAGCAGCAAUAUUACUUAUGGACGCUAUCACAUUCUCCAAACUUAUUCCCAGCUUAUACCAGUACAGAGGAAUUUUUUUCUGAAUUUGACGACAAAUUGAUUUCGCAAAAUCUUACCUUUGAUACGCCGAUACGAGAAACCAUUACAUCAAUUGAGGCGACAAUUUCUAAAUUAUCGUCGAUUUUAAAACUCUCUAAAUCCAAUCUGGAAGUUGGGAACUCUUUUAUUGAGGGUUCCUCUUUUGAUAGGAUAAAAUCGUUACCCGAAUUGGUUGCAAGGCAACAAGUUUCGAAAGAUGAAAUUGUGAAGGAACAAGUGGCUUAUGAAAAGGCAAAGGUUUCCGUUCUUGACGUCUUCAUCAAGAUUUCCAAACCCAAUGUGAAUUCGUCUAUUCUUUCGAUCUCUGCAUCUUUUCAAAAGUCAUUUUCUCCAAAAAAUCUGAUUGAUUGGUCACUGUAUCCAAAUAUUUCUGAAAAGCCUUUAUCUUUCACCGAUGUGCGAAAAGACAUCGGGUUUAGUAAUUCAUCAUCUUCGUUCAUCGUCAGCCAGCAAUUAGAGGCUUUUCCAACCGGAUUUAUUUUGGACACCGUUGUAUCCAGAACCUUCGCUUUCGAGGAAGACUUGGAAAAUGUUCGAGCUACGCUUCCCAUUGGAUUUUUCCCAUCUAAGAACAAUUCCAUUGUCGGUUCGGUUAUCAAAGAUAUGGGGAAAUUCUUGCCUCUUGAUGUUCCCACAAGUCCAAGCUGGAAAAACAUUUCCGAUGCUGAUGCCGUUGCGCUUCCUGUCCCUUCUCGUUCGCUUGUGUUUUCGUUUGCGCCUAUUGAUCUCCAAUUGUUUGAUUAUUUCUCAAAAUAUGACAAUUAUUCGAAAACCGAGUUUCUCGACUCGUAUCCCCCGAUUUAUCUUUCCGAUUUUUCCAUAAGAGUUGGGUCGCUGGCCAAGCUGUUUAGUUUAAAAAGAAAUAGCUUCGAGUCGUCCCAAGAGGCCCGAUUUUCUCCUUUUGUUAGCAGCGUAGUUUGUCCCUCUUGUAUUAGCUUUGAUCACCUUGACGCCCCUUCUUCCUAUAAUUCAUAUCAAAUUUCAAGGCCACAGGCGGCCCAAGGCUCCCGUUGCUUUUCACUUAUAGUAGACCUUCCGGAGCCGAGUAGAAUCCUUGCGAUAAAGUGCUUGAAAAACACGCCAAACGAGUCCAAUAUAUUUGUCCAUCAAAAGCUGGACUCCAAUCAGCAAGAUGGUAUACUUUUAAAUGUUCCCUACCAUUGCGAAGUCGCAUAUGUUAAUGAACAUCACUGA